AUGAAGCUCAGUGGGAGCCUGAGUGCGAAUCGGGAAAUCUUCCGAGCAGACUAUGAAGAUUAUGCUUUAGCCACAGGGCUGGUGGACAAGGACAAGAAGGUCCAGGCGACGACUCUGAGGAGUGUCAUAGGAGUUGAAUGUCGACAUGUCUACAAACACAACUUAAACCUGACCGACGCACAGCAAGAAGACGCGGCCGUCAUACUGGACUCAUUGGAAAGUGUUGGUGUUGGUACCCUGUGGACCAUGAGGGCUAAAGCAGCCGACAUGCACGGCAAGGACUGCGUCAAAGUUGCUGUCAGGGUGCGCCCAUUCAACAAGUGUCUGGCAAGAUGUGAUGUAACAGAUCCCACUUUCCUUAAGGAAGGCUUUUUGAUCUUCAAGAUUUCUCUCUUAAACGACGACAUCUUUGGAGAGGGAGGAAACCGGAGUACACAAAGGAAACUGACGCCAACACCUGGAACACAUGCAAACUCCAUACACGAGUUGAGAUCAAACUCAGGACCCUCGCAAGCUGCCCACCUGUCUUCCUUAUUUUUAUUCAUCCUUUCUUCUCUCCUGUUCCCCCACUUUUCCUGGUUUUCUACAAUCUUUCUCUCUCCUCCCACCUUUCCACAUGUUAUUUUAUCAUUCUUCAUCCAGAGGGAGAGAGAUGCAGGCAGCCGCUGUAUCAUCUCCAUGACGUCCAGCACCAUCACCAUCCAGGACCCACGGAAUAACCACAACCACCGUUCCUUCUGCUUUGACUAUGCCUACUGGUCCCACAGCGGCUUCACACGAGACCGCAGUGGUCUUUUCCUGCCUGGAGAACCAGGAGGGCGCUAUGCUGAUCAGGGUAGUGUCUUCCAGGACCUCGGUGAAGGAAUCCUGGAAAAUACACUGCAGGGCUACAAUGCUACUCUACUGGCCUAUGGACAGACAGGCUCUGGGAAGAGUUAUUCUAUGAUGGGUUAUGGGCCUAAUAAGGGCCUUGUCCCUACACUGUGUGACCAUCUGUUUCAGGCUAUCAAGAAAAACCAGGACACCAGACAGUGCCAGGUCUUUUUCAGUAUGCUGGAAAUCUAUAAUGAGCAGGUGGUAGACCUGCUGUCUCGGGGGUCUCGAGCUCCAGGCGGGUUAAGGGUUAGAGAAGAGCAGCAGAGGGGUUUCUAUGUGGAGGGUCUCCGCACAGUUCCCUGUGACAGUGCACUACAGGUGGGGCAGUUGAUGGAGCAGGGGAUCCGGACGCGAACCACUGCUGCCACGCACAUGAAUGCCAACAGCAGCCGCUCACACAUGCUCAUUAUACUCCAACUCAAACAGAUCUUUUCCAAAGAGAGCAUCACAAAACACUCCAAUGUUAACCUGGUUGAUUUGGCUGGCAGCGAGCGUCAACGGGUCUCCGGUUCAGAGGCUGACCGACUCAAAGAGGGCACAGCCAUUAACCUCAGCCUCACCACGCUGGGAAAUGUCAUCAGUGCUCUAGCUGAUGUGGCAGUAGGGAAGAAGGUGGUCCAUAUCCCCUACAGAGACUCAGUGCUUACCAAGUUGCUGCAGUCUGCAUUAGGGGGCAACAGUCGCACAGUUAUGAUUGCUACACUGAGUCCUGCUGAUAUCUGCUAUGAAGAGUCUCUCUCAACCCUGCGCUAUGCUGAAAGGGCAAAGCGCAUCCAGAACCGGGCAGUUGUCAAUGAAAGUCCAACAGAGCGUCUGGUAAAAGAGCUGAAGGCUGAGAAUGGACGGCUUCUGCAGCGACUGAGCCGACUGGGCCAGGAGGGACGCAGAGCCGAUGACGAGACCAAGGAGCUGCGUCAGUUGCUGACCCAUAAUGAGCUCCAGAUUCGAGCCAUCCAGACUCUUUGGGAACAACACCUGCAGGAGGCGCUGAAGGACUGGGAGUUACAGUAUGCUAGUAUCACACAGGAGAGGAGGAUGAUGCAGAUGCAUCCCUACAUCCUGAACAUAAACGAAGACCCUCAGCUGUCUGGGGUGGUCAAACUUUUCAUCCAAGAGGGUGAUUGGGACAUUGGACUUUCUGACUCCUCCAACAGAUCCAUCUCUAUCAAGGGCUUAGGGAUCCAGGAACAUCAUGCUGUGUUCAGGAAUGAACAGCGCCGGGUUUCACUGGCCCCUACAGCAGCAUCAAAAGUCAUCAUCAAUGGUACCCUUAUCUCCCAGACGACUGAGCUGCAACACCUGGACCGACUCAUCCUUGGCUCCAACUCUACCUACCUGUUCAUUGGCUAUCCAUCUGAGAGAGGUGUGGAUGACUGGAGCCGCUAUGACUAUGAUUACUUCCAAUCUGAACUGGCUGCUGCUGAGGGCAUUCAUCUGGGAGAGCCAAAUGCUGAAUCCAGUCAGACAGACCCCAGUCUCCUGGCUGUCUUCUAUGACUAUAUUAAACUGAUGCCGAUGGUGGCUGAGGCCAAUCAGAUGAGCCAGGAGCUGAACAAGGGAGUGGAGUUUAAGCUAGAGAUAAAGAACCUGGCACUCUCAGAUUCUAAAGGGCACGACUUGGAAAAAGAGAUUGUCAUCAGAGUCACUUCUCUGGAAAGCAAGCAGGUGUGGAUGUGGUCGAAGGCCAAGUUUGUGAAUCGUAAAUUCCUCAUGGAAGAGGUUUACCAACAGCAUCAGACUGAGCAAAGUGGGGGCAAGGUGCUGUCCAUGACAGCUAUGCCCAGAGAUAAAGACCCAUUCUGGGACCCGCUGGAGCCUCUUCUCCUGGGCAGUGCCCACCUGUGGCUUCAAUCCCUGGCUUUCCGCAUUGCUCUUGAAGAGCAACUGGAGGUGCUGGGGUCAGAGGGCACAGAGGAGGCCAUUCUGCAAGCACAACUAGUGCCAUGUACCCCCACUGGACUCACGCUAAGUGAGGAUGACAUCCUGAUUGAUCCGUCUGAGCUGUUGGGUCGACGGCUGGACUUCCAGCUCGUUCUGGAUCAGUGUUGUGGCCUCCGCUGGAUCAAAGAGGUCCGCAACAGAGGAGUCCAGAUUGGUUUCAGAUUAUUUGACUGCAGCCAACCCCUCUACACUCCAGCCGUGUGGCACAAUGUCAAUCCUCUGCUGGACCACAGGGUGCACUUCGCCUCCCUCCACACCUCCCAAACUCUGCUCGACUACCUUCAGAGCAGUGCUUUGGUGCUGGAGUUAUGGGGCCUACAAGAGGGCUGUAGCGACUUAACGUCAUCCCUGGAGGGAGUGAGGAUGACCACAGAGGGUAUCUUCAUCAUUGAUGAGGCAGAAUCAACAGACACAGCACCCGUGGAAUCUAUAGAGCUGAGCUGUUCUGUGAGGGCCUUGCAGCAGAACUUGGAGGAACUAAAAAGUGUUAAUGCCUCACUGAGUAAGGAGAACCAUACUUUGAGAGAACAGCUAAACACAGCCAGGAAUGGUGGUGACUGUACACGUGGUCGCUCAUUGCGUCCCAGCUGUGAUGCAGAGUUUGCUCGGGCCCUUAAGGUUUUCUACCACAGCAUGACCUCUGUGAGGGGUCAACUGCAGCGCCUCCGCAGACACAGGCCCAGUGAGGAGUCAGACCUGCUGGGUCUGAGGUUCUUUGUGGACGAGCAGAGUCGUCUGCUGAGGGAUUUCUCAGAGCAGCUGGAGCAGAGUGUCUCCUCGCUCAAACAGGAUGUCGCUGCCAUUGUCCGCAGGAAACGUGAACGCUCAGGAAUCUGGUCCUGA